CGCGAAUCGCGAAUCUCUUCAGUUGUGAUCCGGACGCCGAAGGGUAAACAUCGUUAUGGAGCUCCGCACUGCAUUCCUUUUAAUCUUCGUUGGAUUAUGCCAACCUUCUUUGCAGCACAUUUUUUUAAGUAAAUUUCACGGAAAUCAUCAAAGACAAUCGCGCUCUUGGAAAGAAUUAGAUGAGAAGUACAAAUAUGAAAUUAAAACGAUCGACAUGCCAGUGGACCAUUUUAGCUUUGCCAUAAAAGACACAUUCAAAUUACGGUAUCUUAUGAACAAUACUUGGCAGAAAGGAAAUAAUGCACCAAUUUUCUUUUACACUGGAAAUGAGGGUGACAUUGAAGGGUUUGCUCAGAACACUGGAUUCAUGUAUGAAAUAGCACCAGAAUUUGGAGCUCUGUUAAUUUUUGCUGAGCAUCGUUAUUAUGGACAAUCCUUGCCUUAUGGCAAUAAAUCUUACUCAGACAUUAAUCAUUUAGGGUAUCUAACAUCCCAGCAAGCUCUUGUUGAUUUUGUGGAUUUAAUUCAAUAUUUGAGAUCCAAAUCAGAGUACCAACAUAGCCCUGUUAUAGUUUUCGGAGGCUCGUACGGUGGAAUGCUCAGUGCAUGGAUCCGUAUGAAGUAUCCUCAUAUUGUACAAGGAGCAAUAGCUGCAUCCGCUCCAAUAUUACAAUUUACUGCAGAAUGUGAAGCAUUUGCAAGAAUAGUGACAUCAGAUUUUAAUGUAGCUCAUCGUAAUUGCCCGAAACUUAUCCGUAAAUCAUGGAAUACGAUUAGCAAUAUAGCAUCAAACGAUCAAGGAAAGAAAUGGUUAUCAGACAACUGGAAAUUAUGCCAGCCAUUGAAAAAUGAAACUGAUGUUAAGCAAUUGAAAUCUUAUUUGGAAGAUAUUUAUACAAAUCUCGCUAUGGUGAAUUAUCCGUACAAAGCUAAUUUUCUGGCACCUUUACCCGCUUAUCCUGUUAAUGCUGUAUGUAAACAUUUAACAAACGAAUCUUUAGCAGACAAAGAUCUACUGGUAGCAAUAAAUAACGCAAUUAACGUAUUCACGAAUUACACGAAAGAAACAAAGUGUUUAUCCUUGAAUGAUUCUACGCCACAAUUAGACGCCGUUGGAUGGCCUUUUCAAUCCUGUACCGAGAUGGUAAUGCCAUUGUGUACGGAUGGUGUCAACGAUAUGUUUGAACCUAAUCCAUGGAAUUUUGAUGAAUAUUCCAUGGACUGUAUGAAACAGUAUUCAGUUAAACCGCAGCCUAAUUUAGCUUGCGAGGAAUACGGUUGUUCAGAUUUAUCUACCGUGACAAAUAUUGUUUUCAGCAAUGGUUUGCUGGACCCAUGGUCCAGUGGAGGAGUGUUGAGAAACAUUUCUGCGUCGGCAAUAGCAAUAAUAAUUCCUGAAAGUGCUCAUCACCUUGAUUUAAGGGGCAGCGAUGCCAAUGAUCCUUAUAGUGUUGUUUUAGCAAGGAAAUAUCAUCGGUUUUUUAUUAAGAAGUGGAUUAAAGAAUAUCGUAAACGAGGUGAAACUUAUUAUUAAAUAUAUGUACAAAUUAAUUCGUUACAUUAAUUCAGAUAACAAAUUUGAAAGGCACCGAAUUAAUUUGUGAAAGAAUAAAUACAUAUCUUUAUAA